CACAAAAUGACCAAAAAAGACAAGAAAAUGACUUACAAAUACACAAAAUGAUAAAAAAAAUACACAACUUGACCAAAAUUGUUGGUUCAAAAUGUUGAACCAGUAAGUCAGAAUAAAAAAAACAAUUAUCAUUAGGUCAUAUAGGUGACCAACAUGGCAUUUAAACAUUUUUAAGUGGUGUAUACAGGCAGGAUGAAAAGGUUUCAAAAAUGGACAAAAUAGCCCAAGACUCCGUAGAGUUAAAGUUUGUCAUGCACUUGCAACAUGAGGGAGUUGAGCCAGGUGGGCCCUCUAUAAGGGGGUCUCCUACACUACAACGUCGCUACAAACAUUGCCACUGCUUUAGUUUAAAGUUUAAAGGCCCUCGGGAGCCCCCAACUGGCUAGUUGCCUGUUGACACAGUGUCUCUGCAUGUCAGGGGGUAUGUCAUGCAUGUCAACCUAUCCUACUGAAGUUUUUCAUUUGUGAGCCCUUCCAUUAGACUGACCUUUUUCCCUCACUGGACGCUAAAAAACAUCUCUACUUGACUAAAAACUCACAAAGCAGCAUUUUAUCACAUUACAUUUUUGUUUUUUCGUAAUUGGGAUAUUGGAUCUGUUGUCCUCCAGCUCUGUUUUUUUUUUUUUUUUUUCAAGUGAGUAACUGUUAAUCUGUAACUAGUUGUUGCUCACCUGAAUGGACCUGACAGCAGUCUUUGCUCUUCCUUUUUUGCUGUGACUAUUCUCCACAUGGAAGCCACAAAAACGCUUCCAGAAGGAGAUUUGUUUUGGCGGUGCAGAAGCAACUUUAGGACCCUUUUUUCCCCCCACAAGUCAUGGGGAUAUUGGCUGAAGACCCCAAAUCCAGAAGCCCUUAAUAACUCCCUCUCUGAUCAAAUGUCAAGAUCAUGGGGAUAUUAGAUCUGUUGCUCCAGGUGUCCAGCUCCGUCUCCCUGUUGGGGGCUCUGGUGGUCCUGCUGCUCAUCUAUGUCAUCUCCAUCAGCUUUAGCCCCAAGGACAACAGGAAGGGACCUCCAGGACCAAAACCACUUCCCCUGUUUGGGAACUUUCUGCAGGUUGACUUCAAGAGUUUUGACAAAUCAUUAAUGCAGCUUUCCAAGAAGUAUGGAUCAGUGUUCACCUUCUAUUUAGGACCAAAGAAAGUUGUGGUCCUGGCAGGAUACAAGACAGUGAAGGAGGCACUUGUCAAUUAUGCUGAAGAGUUUGGGGACAGAGAUCAACCGCGCAUUAUGACGGAAUUUAUUAAAGGACAUGGUUUGAUAUGGACCAACGGUGAGUUGUGGAAAGCGAUGAGGCGCUUUACUUUGACGAACCUCAGAGACUUCGGAAUGGGCAAGAAGGCAUGUGAGGACAAAAUCCUUGAGGAGUGUCACCACCUCAUUGGAGUGCUCAAGAAAUUCAAAGAACAACCCUUUGCCACGACUCGUCCAUUAGGUCAUGCAUUCGCUAACAUCAUCAGCUCCAUGGUCUUCGGCAACAGAUUUGAAUAUGAUGAUCCGCAGUUUUCAUCCCUCAUAGACAGCAUGCAGAGGCGUAAUCAAAUUCUGGGCUCCUUUGGAAUGACGGUGUACAACUUGUUUCCAAGGUUAUUCUGGUGGAGUGCGAGCAGGAAGACGUUCCUCCAGCUCGGCGCUGACAGUAAAAAACAGAACUUGCAGCUGCUCAGUGUUUUAAAAGAGACCCUGAACCCAGAGAAGUGCAGAGGCUUUGUGGAUGCUUUUCUGGUCCAUAAGAAAAAGCUGGAGGAAUCUCGGGUUACAGACGAUCACUUCCAAGAUGAUAACCUUUUGGGGAUGGUUUUUAACCUCUUCACUGGUGGCACCGAAACAGGAACAAAUACACUGAGAUGGGGGCUUCUUUUCUUGGCAAAGUAUCCGAAAAUACAGGACCAGGUCCAUGAGGAGGUGAGCAGGGUGGUAGGAAGUCGUCCGGUGCAAAUGGGGGACAGGAAGAAUAUGCCCUUCACCAACGCUGUCAUCCAUGAGACACAGAGACUGGGCAACAUUACCCCACUCGGCUUGCCUCAUAAAACUUCCCGAGAUGUAACCUUCCAGGGUUACUUCAUUAAGAAGGGAACCACAGUGUAUACUCUGCUGACGUCCGUCCUGUUCGAUGAGAGCGAGUGGGAGAAGCCACAGAGCUUUCAUCCUGCUCACUUCCUGGACAAAGACGGGAAUUUUGUGAAACGAGAUGCCUUCAUGGCUUUUUCUGCAGGGCGUAGAGCUUGUCCUGGAGAGAGUCUGGCCAGGAUGGAGCUCUUCCUCUUCAUCACCACCCUCCUGCAGCACUUUCGUUUCACUCCUCCACUUGGAGUUUCAGAGGACGAGCUGGACCUGACUCCGUUUCAGCAUCUCGGCCUCGAACCCUUGCCUCACAAACUGUGCGCUGUCUCCCGUGCAUGAGAAGGAGGACGGCUGACGUCGGUUAACAACAGUGAAAAUCUUCAACACUACAGAUGAAAUGAAGAAAAUGUACGCUGAAUGUCCUUUUACAAAAAUGCUGUUUUGUUUGUGUAACUUGAGAUGUAAAACAUAAAUUUAAUACAUUGAUCUACACAAUAAACAUCACCUCAAAUU